AUGCUGGUAUCUGUCUCAAUUCGGUCUAGCCUCUAUUUAGCGUACUGCUUCGGCUCCAUCUUAACGAGCUCCCCCCGCGCGCACGUUCUUCGCAAAGCCACCUCUUCUCUCGCGACAGCAGGAUGGAGUUGACAAGCAAUCUCGACAUCGUUGGCGGUGCCAAGCUGCUUCUGGCCUCGCUGCUCCUAUAUGUUGUCUUCAAGGUCAUCCAGCGCCUGUUUUUCCACCCUUUGUCAAAGGUUCCGGGGCCAUGGUAUGCCGCUGUCUCCUCGCUUUACGAGUUUUGGUGGGACUGCCCUAAGGAUGGGCGAUACUGGAAGAAAAUUGAGGAGAUGCAUGGGAAAUACGGACCGAUCGUAAGAAUUAAUCCGUGGGAAGUGCACAUUAAUGACCCUCCUUUCAUGGACACGCUCUGGAGCAAUAGCAAAAUGGAGAAGGACCCGUUCUUCUACGGCGGUUUCGGCGUCGAUGCUGCCGCCGUCUCCACCGUAAGUGCAGAGAUGCACCGCCUUCGACGAGGAGCCAUGGCCCCAUUCUUCUCCAAGGCCAAUGUUGCGAAGCUAGAGCCCAGAGUCCUCGCGCGGGUUCAGCAACUCUGCGGUCGUAUCGAGGAGUUCGAAGCGGAAGACAAACCGAUCUGCGUUUCGGACGCUUAUCGCUGCUUGGCUACUGACAUCGUGACUGAUUAUGCCGUGCCUAAAACGAGAACUAUGCUCACGCACCCGAACUUCGCUUCUGUCUUUGUUCGUGUGGUGAGGGACACUGCCGGUGUAAUCAACUGGAAUCGCCAUAUCCGCAUUAUUUAUCCACUCCUAGUUCACAUGCCGCGAGGAGUAGUGGCUUGUUUAGAUCGCGACGGCGCGACUACGGCUAUGGUGGACAAUCAGAACGAUCUCUACUCCCAGGCCAAAGCAGUCGUGGAGAACGCGACGACUAAAGAAACACCAACAGUCAUCAACGCCGUCUUCGAUCACCCAUCCCUUCCGCCUUCGGAGAAGACGGUUAGUCGCAUCUUUGACGAGACUGUGACGGUUAUUGGCGCUGGAACGGAGACCCUUGGGAACACGCUUUCCAUCCUGACCUUCUACGUCAUCAGCAACCCACCCGUUUAUCAGACCAUGAAAGCCGAGCUGAAGAAAGCUGCUGCGGAGCACAAUGUAUCUCCUGACUCGUUGCUUGACUGCCACAUCGUGGAGUCUUUGCCCUACCUGCAGGCUGUCAUGAAAGAAUCCCUCCGCUACAGCUCCUCGGUCGUAGGCCGCCUGCCUCGUCGCAAUCCUACGGCAUCUAUGACAUACACGACGCCCACUGGAAAGACCUACGUACUCCCUCCCGGCACUGUGGCCAGCAUGUCCGUUCGCGAUAUCCACUUCAACGCCGACAUAUUCAAGGACCGGUACGAAUUCAAGCCUGAGCGCUGGUUAGUCGAGGAUCCGGCGGAGCUUGCUCGCUUGGACAAGCAUAUGGUCGCCUUUGGGAAGGGCGUUCGAGCUUGUCUUGGGCUGGAGCUUGCUAAGCAGGAGAUUUUGCUGGUAGCGGGUAAUCUCUUUUGGAAGUAUGAUUUCGAGUUGUACGAGACAAGCCUUUGGGAUGUCACGGUGGUGCACGAUUAUUUCUCGCCGUUUGGUCCGAGCCAGAGCAAGGGCGUUAGGGUGAAGGUUAAGAACUAGGUGAAAGGUACGGAUUCUACGUCAUCUAAUGUUAUUAGUCCCUAUUGUUGCUCCGCCGCACCGUAAUGAAGCGCGGCGAAACCCUUUUCACUGCGAGGCCCAUUUUUAAAAUCUCCAAGUCCCACUACCCGCAAAUUUCUACCCCAUCUCAACCGUGCC